UGGAGAGAAAAAAGGAAGAAAAUGGAAUUCUGGCGAAUUGACCUCGAAGCCUUCUCCCCCCUUACUUCAUACGCGCAGGGUAACCACAGUGUGCUUCGUACAGAUCAUGAUGCGUCCGGACCAUGGAGGAUGGCGACAGCUGUCAUGCUCAUGGAUUUUUAUCCCAUUGCUUAUCUCCACAGAACAACUCAUCGCUGCAUACCCCCCCCUUCCCGGUACAAUACGGCCUCGAGCUUGCCUCCCCCUUUUGUAUUUACCAGGGAUUCCUUGUACUUUGGUUAUCGCCAUCGUUUUUUGUUACUCGAAACGGGGAAUAGUCGAGUACAAGUAUUUAUUGUCACCUGUACUCCGUUUUCCAUACGGAGUCAAUAAUGCCCCUCUUGCCCCUCCGAAUAAAAAUAAACUCAAGUCCGAGUCGAGCCCGAGUCCAAGGAAGCGGUCAAUAUUUCAAUCACAACCUCCAUCUAGCAUAAUCGCGAACGCGACGAAAAAAGAUAACCAAAUCUACUCAAAUAGAUUACGCUCCAAAAGAGUCUAUUGCACUUCCAACGGACUACCUGCCUAUAUCCAUUUUCUUCCGAGGCAGCAAGGCAACGAGCAACGAGUCAAGGACUCGGGUCCGCAGAAUAAUAAACCUCCGAGGGGCUCGAUUUGAAUGGCCAUGAGCGAUGCCAGCACAUCAUGUCGCCGUUGCAACUGACAAAACAAAAGAAGCUCCUAGCAGAGCAGUAAGCAUAGUUGGUUAUCUUAUUGAUACUUGGUAGUUGUCGAGAUUUGGAAAUGCCCCACGUUGUGUUUUCUCAACGUUUUUUGUGCUGUCGUUUCAAUUGAGCAAUAAAAUAGUUAAGAAUCUAUUUCUGUUGUACUUCUAAUUCUAUAUUCUACGGGAAAGCACGUCCAUAAUCUUUUGAACCCAAUUCAAUCACUAUGUAC